AUGACAGAGAACCGUUUCGAGAGCAAUGACAAUCUGUACAUACUGCUAGAUGGCUACUAUACCUUUGCAAACAUCUCAUCCAAUAAUUUCACGGAUAAUUAUUCCCAAGGCAACGUGGCUCGUUAG